AUGCAUUUAUAUGCAAAAUUUCUCAAAGAACUUAUUAACAAGAAGAGAAGCUGGAAUGAAAAGGAGACCGUGAUCUUGACACAAGAAUACAGUGCAAUAAUUCAAAAGGGUCUCCCACCAAAACUUAAAGAUCCUAUGAGCUUCUUUUUGCCUUGCACCAUUAGCAACAUGUCCAUUGAUAAGGCACUGUGUGAUCUAGGAUCAAGUAUCAAUCUAAUGCCUCUAUCUAUGAUGAGAAGGUUGUCUAUAGAAGAAGUAAAGCCUACACGAAUGUCCUUGCAACUUGCUGAUAGAUCAAUGGUAAUCCCCAAUGGAGUGGUUGAGAAUCUCUUAGUCAAGGUGGGAAAGUUCAUAUUUCCAGCGAAUUUUGUGAUCCUGGAUCUAGAUGAAGAGGGAAGCAAUUCUAUCAUAUUAGGGAGGCCUUUUCUAGCCACAGCAAGAGCCAUCAUUGAUGUGGAGAAAGGAGAAAUGACUUUGAGAGCACAUGAUGAGCAGAUCAUUCUAAAUGUCUUUAAGGAGAUACAGCAUCCUGAUGAAAAGAAAGGUUGCAUGAGAAUUGAGGAGGAAGACUUAAACUGGAAGGAAAAACCCAAGGAAGCACUCAUCAACUCACCCUUGGUGCAGAAGACUGACAUUGAAGAAAAACAAAAGGGUCAUGAGGAUAAGAAGGCUGAGAAGGGAUUGUAA